ACAGGCCCAACUAUAAACCAAAAAGAAGAGCACCGAACACGUCUGUGUUCAUAAACGGUGGCCGUGCUAGAAUCCACGGUCGAGGUAAUGGAAACCCUAUCAGAGCACCGAAUCUCGGCCGCAGCUCCCGCCGUCUUCAUAAUCGUCGUCGCUUUCCAGUUCCUCUCCAAGUGGCUCGAACAGUCAAAGAAGCGAGGACCAGUGACUGCUGAGGAGACUCGGUUGCGAAGAGAGAUCAAACAGCUUUCCAAAGAGGCAAGCUCCUUGUCACAACCAGCAACAUUUGCACAAGCUGCAAAGCUUAGGAGGAUGGCGACUGCGAAGGAGAAAGAACUUGCUAAGCAUCAAGAGUUACAGGGCAAGGAGUUAAAAGGUUCAUAUAAUUUGUAUCUGAAUGUUUUGUUCAUCUCCAAGGUCUUGACAUAUCUUGUGCUGGUUUGCUGGUUUUGGAGGGUUCCGGUUGCCUCCAUAUCACAACAACUUGUUCAACCCUUCGGAAAGGUGAUAUCAUGGAGGGCUGGAGGAGUAUUAAACGGAAAUGUUAUGGUGGGAAUUAUUCCUUGGUUGAUAUUGUCUACACGGGUUAGCAAAUUUGUUUGUCGACUUUUCAAACUGUAGAAUUUAUGUGAGUUCUGUCCCAAAUUGUCAUAAUGACGGAAAAUGAUGACGUUUUGAUUAGGAUUGUUUGACAAGGUUUACACAAGAGCUUAGGAUUACCUACUGAUCAUAUAGUUUUGUACUGUUUCUCUAUGUAAAUUGGGUUUAUUGUGCCAUGUGGAGAAAUCACUUAUUGUAAAACCCCAUUCUCCGUAUUGGAUUUCCAAACUCCAGUCAAAGUUUGUGAUGUCUUCUGUGAUCUGUACAAUCCCCUUCUGUAGUUUGUUAUGAU